ACGUGCAGAUUCGGCCCAAAGUUUCUUUUGGUUUCCGGUGUUCUUACAAUGGCGGCUCUAGACUCUCUGGCGCUUUUCACCGGCUUGGGCCUGAGCGAGCAUAAGGCCCGUGAGACGCUCAAGAACGCUACUCUGAGCACGCAGCUGCGCGACGCGGCGACUCAGGCACAGCAGACUCUGGGCUCCACCAUCGACAAGGCUACCGGGACCCUUCUAUAUGGCUUAGCUUCCCGACUCAGGGAUACCAGGCGUCUCUCUUUCCUCGUGAGCUAUAUAGCCAGUAAGAAGAUCCACACUGAGCCUCAGCUGAGCGCUGCCCUUGAAUAUGUGCGGAGUCACCCCCUGGACCCUAUUGACACCAUGGACUUUGAGAAGGAAUGUGGUGUGGGUGUCAUGGUGACCCCAGAGCAGAUUGAGGAGGCUGUGGAGGCCACCAUAAAUAAACACCGGGCUCAGAUUCUAGUGGAGCGUUACCGGUUCAACAUGGGGCUCCUGAUGGGAGAGGCUCGGGCUGCGCUUAAGUGGGCAGAUGGCAAAAUGAUCAAGCACGAAGUGGACAUGCAGGUCCUCCACCUUCUGGGUCCCAAGAUGGAAGCUGACCUAGAAAAGAAACCCAAGGUGGCUAAGGCUCGUGUGGAAGAAACAGAACAGAGGACAGCAAAAGAUGUGGUGGAGAAUGCAGUUGAGGCUGCUGGACAGACCUUGUCUCUGAUGGAGCAGCUCCGGGGUGAAGCCCUGAAGUUCCAUAAACCUGGUGAAAACUACAAAACCCCAGGCUAUGUGAUCACUCCACACACCAUGGAUCUACUGAGGCAGCACCUGGAGAUCACUGGGGGGCAGGUACGUACCCGGUUCCCGCCAGAACCCAAUGGAAUCCUGCAUAUUGGACAUGCCAAAGCAAUCAAUUUCAACUUUGGCUAUGCCAAGGCCAACAAUGGUAUCUGUUUUCUGCGCUUUGAUGACACCAAUCCUGAGAAAGAGGAAGAAAAAUUCUUCACUGCUAUCUGUGACAUGGUGGCCUGGUUAGGUUAUACACCUUACAAGGUGACAUAUGCGUCUGACUAUUUUGACCAGCUCUAUGCUUGGGCUGUGGAGCUCAUCCACAGGGGUCAGGCUUACGUGUGCCAUCAGCGAGGGGAGGAGCUCAAAGGCCACAACCCUCUGCCCUCACCCUGGAGAGACCGUCCCUUAGAGGAGUCACUGCUGCUCUUUGAGGCAAUGCGCAAGGGUAAAUUUUCAGAGGGAGAGGCUACACUGCGUAUGAAGUUGGUGAUGGAAGACGGCAAGAUGGACCCUGUGGCCUAUCGAGUCAAGUAUACACCACACCACCGUACAGGGGACAAAUGGUGCAUCUAUCCCACGUAUGACUACACACACUGCCUCUGUGACUCCAUUGAGCAUAUCACCCACUCACUCUGCACUAAGGAAUUCCAGGCCCGACGUUCUUCUUAUUUCUGGCUGUGCAAUGCACUGGACGUAUAUUGCCCUGUGCAGUGGGAGUAUGGCCGUCUCAAUCUGCACUAUGCUGUUGUCUCUAAGAGGAAGAUCCUUCAGCUCGUAGCAGCUGGUGCUGUGCGGGACUGGGAUGACCCACGACUCUUCACACUGACUGCUCUGCAACGGAGGGGCUUUCCGCCUGAGGCCAUCAACAACUUCUGUGCUCGGGUGGGAGUGACAGUAGCACAGACCACAAUGGAGCCACAUCUUCUUGAAGCCUGUGUACGUGAUGUGCUGAACGAUACGGCUCCACGGGCUAUGGCUGUGCUGGAGUCACUACGGGUUGUCAUUACCAACUUUCCUGCUGCCAAGCCCUUGGACAUCCAGGUGCCCAACUUUCCAGCUGAUGAAACCAAGGGCUUCCACCAGGUUCCUUUUGCACCCAUAGUCUUCAUUGAGAGGACUGACUUCAAGGAGGAGCCAGAGCCAGGCUAUAAGCGUCUAGCUUGGGGCCAGCCUGUGGGCCUGAGACAUACAGGCUAUGUCAUUGAGCUGCAGAAUGUUAUCAAGGAUCCUAGUGGCUGUGUGGAGAGCCUAGAGGUGACCUGUAGACAGGCUGACGCUGGAGAGAAGCCCAAGGCUUUUAUUCACUGGGUUUCACAGCCUUUGAUAUGCGAAAUUCGCCUUUAUGAUCGACUAUUCCAGCACAAGAACCCUGAAGAUCCUGCUGAGGUGCCAGGUGGAUUCUUAAGUGAUCUGAACCCGGCAUCACUACAAGUGGUGGAGGCAGCAUUAGUGGAUUGUUCUGUGGCCCUGGCAAAACCCUUUGACAAGUUCCAGUUUGAGCGCCUCGGGUACUUCUCUGUGGAUCCGGAUAGCCGCAAAGGACAGCUUGUCUUCAACCGAACAGUCACACUAAAGGAGGACCCAGGAAAGGUGUGAACUGGAAGUACUGCGGACCUACCUCAUCCUCCUGGAAGCAGGGGGUGCCCUCACCACCCCACACUCUAUGUCAAUAAAGAAUAGCUAAAUUC